AUCCUGAUUGGUGGACACCUAUGUCUCACUAUCAAUGUAUGUAAACGAAACACUUUAUGUAAGCACAGCAAAAAUAAGUAGUAUUAACACACCUCAAUUCUAUGGCUAAAUAUAUUCACAAUAAAUAGAAACUUGGAAUUAUAUCUGGCGAUCACAUGAUAGAAAUGUUAUUUGAACAUAACUAUCAUAAAUUAUAUUGCAUAUAAUCUUGACAUUUAAAAUUCAUGCAUAUUUUUUGUUUAGUAAUUAUUCUAGGUUUUGCAAUGUCGCUUUUCUAGAAGCGACCGUAAAUAUACAAUUAUUUACCUAGUAUCUAUUGUGGUUUCACUUGUUAUUGCUAACUUUAUUCUCAGCUAAAAUGUGUAAUUUAAUAUUUUAUCUUAUAUCAUAGUGAAUAUUACAUACAAAAGAAUAUUCAUGUGACGUCAUUACAAGGAAAAUCAAUGUUUUGUUCUCAGUGGUCGUCAUGCCUCCGCCAUCCUGCACCUCAGUUGCCAGCGGUGAUAAUUCUCGCAAGACCUGCUGGUGAUGCAAUACCAGCUGAUCAUUCCAAUAAUAUUGAAAUUCUAGUUUUAAUUCAGCCCAGGUAUUCCUGUGACAUGUGAAUAGUAGUUAAUUAUAUAUUAUUUGCUUUCUGAAGCCAAAAUAAAUGACAAUAUAGGUACGAGACAAUAUACAAGAAGUCGGUGAAUUGCUUUUUAAAUCAACUUUCUCUUCUAGAGCAGGAUUUCAUAGAGAGGCGGAUACAGACCUCCCAUUGGCUAAACUAAGCGGAAAUGACGUUUACACUGACACUAGCCAAUCAAGUGUCUCUCUACGCUACAAUAUAAUCAUGACGUCACGAGAAUCCUUGAGUGACUGGGGUGUUUGUAAACAUAGACACGUUGGUCGUCCUGUUCAUUAUUAUGUGCAAAGUUUACUUUUCGUAGGGCAGCGAGCAAGGGCGUGGCCAUGGAAGUGGACGACUUCCCUGCACAGGAGGCCGCCCUGGAUACGGAGGGCAGCAAGCGGGAAGGCACAAAGCGAGGCAGGAAGCCAGGCCGUAAAGCCAAGUCUGACAUGAAGGCUAAACUAGAACGCAGUCGGCAGAGUGCAAGGGAGUGUCGUGCUCGUAAGAAGCUACGUUACCAGUAUCUUGAAGAAUUGGUGACAAAUAGAGAGAAAGCAGUUAUUGCCCUUCACCGGGAGCUGGAACAGUAUCGAGUGUGGUCCAAAGAACUCGACGAAGGCAAGGUUCCAGAGGGUGUACUAAAACUGAUAGAGGAUGAGAAAGUGAAAAAAAAUGAGAAAGAAUAGAGUAAAAUUUGGGGCUUAGUGUGUUCAGACUAAUUAAUUACAAGGAUAGUCAUCUUGUUGGUAUUUUAGAAAUUUAAGCUCAGUGUUCUCACUCUGAUGAUCUAAAGUAAAAUGUAAUUCUUUAUAUGAUAAGUGUGGUGAGGAGAGAUGUGUCCUGCCCUCCAGCUUGCUGCCGUCACAGGAUCUGCUUGCUGACAGGUUCCCUUUAUUUUGUUUUUAGGUUUUUUUUUUUUUUUUUUUUUUUUUUUUUUUUUUUUUUUUUAAUGCUAACCAUAAUUAUAGAAUUAAAUUGCUUGAUCACCAUGUAGAAUUCAUGCAUUCAUUCAUUUCAUUAGGUCAUUCAUCCUUCAUUUCACAAUCAUCUUGGUGUUAGAUUUAUUUACUAAUGCCAAACUAAGUAUAAAAUUAUUUGAGCAUUUAUUAUUACAUUAUUAUUGGAAUGUUUAAAUUCUUAUACCAAAUAAAAGUUAAAACAAUU